CCGAAAGUUUUAACAAAAAGGAUUUACUCAAAAAGCAAAAAAAAACGGAUAACCCCUUUCCCAAGAAAUCUGCUAAAAAUGCGGGCGAAUAGGAAAGAAACUGGUUUCUUCUCAUUCUUGCCUUGGUGGUAUGAAACAGAAACCUCAGAGAAAUAAUGAAUGGCUUCUUUUACUUCCUCAAAGCUCUCUGCAGAAACCAAACAGGUCGAGGAUCGUCUCUAGCAUAGAUGUGUAGUUAACAACAUCAAAAGGUUAGAGUUCUUUUACUUUCCUGAAUCAAACAUUCUCCUCUUCCUUUGUGUCUGCUUAUACAUCUGUAUGAUCCUUGAACUCUCUAGAUUACUAAUGGCUGAAGAGACCGUACAUCUGCCUGAUUCACCAUAUGUAAACAGAUCAUGGAGAAGGAUUUCUACUAGAAAACUGAGUUUCUUAUACACUGAAGAGAAGAUUCUCCCUAACUAUCUCAAAUCUACUGGUUCUUGUCAUGACGUCUGCAAGUACGGAACACAACAACAUGAGCCUAAAGACAAGCCUAGUAAAGUUUCACCUCUCAAAAGAGUUAACAGAAGCUUUUCUGGAACCCUAAGCUUUGAUAAUUCACCUUUAAAGAAGAAGAAGAAGGCAUUGACCAAAUCGGUGUUGAAUCCUUCUCUUGGCUCUGGUAAGAGAAAGAAGACGGUUUCACACACUUUCAAAACGGUUGUUGUGUCAAGGAGAAGAGAGUUAGAGAGGGUUGAACAUAACAAGCGCGUCACUGCUCUGAAGCUGAAGUCUGUUGCAAUAACAGCAGCCAUGGCUCUUCGUCGCAGUACCGUGAAUAGAAAGAAGACUAAUGGUGGAACUAAAGCUGAAGAACCAAAGAAAUCAGUUGUGCCUUUAAGAGCUACAAUGUCUUUAAAGAAGGAGAGUAAUGUUUGUCUAGCGGAUGAGACGUGUGAAGACUUGGCAGAGGAGAAAACUCUCUAUGUUAUCAAGAUGGGAACAGGGAAUGAGACUGUUGAAUCUGAUGAUCAGAACCAAAGGUGUGUCGUGGAUUCGCCAAUUGAUUAUCCAAAGAGCCAAGAGGAAGGUGAGUGUAUUGUGACUGAAACUGAUGAUGAAUCUUCUCAAGAAGAGGAAGAACAAGAGGAAGAUGAGAACACACCAAGGCAAGGAAAAAGCAAAGCCCUCUCUGUAAAUAGCAAGUCAAUGAAGCUGAGAUUCAAAAGAGGAAAGUAUAGUGAUGUUGGAUCACAAGACAACACUCCAAGAAAACUCAAGUUCAAGAGAGGAAAAAUCAUUACUGGAGUUGACACAAACACAAAAUCUGGUGGUCCAAGAAGGUUAAAGACCAAAGGAACCAACUUAAGCAACGACAAGGAACAAGAACAUAAAGCUAGAUCGUUCAAAGUUGUCCUAAAACACCAAGAGACACAGAAGAAGGGAGACUCAAGAGUGUUGUUGUUCAACAAGGUGAUCAAGAAAACAGCUAUCAAGCUUGUGGAGACUCGCAAGAGUAAAGUCAAGGCUUUAGUGGGUGCUUUUGAGUCUGUCAUAUCUCUCCAAGAAAAAGAAAAACUCUUAUCCAACAGCAUAACACUCAAAAGUGAUUAUUCUCAGACCAUUCACUAACUACUAUAUAAUCUGUUUUUCUUUAUGUAUGUAUGUAAACAUUGGUAUAUAUGUAUAAGAUUGUAAUUACUCACAUAAUGUUAUAUACAAUUUAUGAGUGUUAUAAAGAGUUUUCACAAAUCUUUUGAUUGCAUACAUGAUAAAAGUUAGAAAAAGGGUUAUGUAUAAAUAUUCUGUAACUAGGUACUGAAAAAGAUAAUACAAAACCGAGCCCCACGCCAUGCCUUUCUUUAAAACCAUUGACCAUCCAGAUUCUAUAGCAAACAUGUCACAUUCCUAUUGGUUAACUGUCUUGGUUCUGAUGUGCAGUAGCAAGCCUAUUGCCUCCGCAGU